CAACCUGGCAGCCAGAAGCGACACAAGAGGGUGGGUCGACAACGUCGUCAAAGUGAUACCAGUGUUACUAUUACAACCAUUACAAAUUCAACAAAAAAAAUAACAAUAAUAUUUCUAUAAUAUUAUUUUAAUAAUAAUUACAAUAAUAAUCAAAGAGUUCAUUAAACUUUCACACGUUAAAUCUGUGAUUAAAUUAACUCUUUUUUUUUUUUUUUUCCAUAAAUAAUAAUUUAGUUGUGAAAGAAAAAACAGUUCAAUCGAAAAUUUUUUUUUUUUUUUCAUUAACAAUAAUUUCAACGUAAUAAUUUUAGAAAAAAAAAAAAUUUUUUUUUAUAUUGAUAAUUGUGUUUAUCAAUUAAUAUAAAAAGCAAGAAAAUUUCUAAUUUUUUUUUUUUUUCUUUUUUUUGGGUUUGUUAUAUUUUUGCUUUAUCAUUUUUAUUAUUAUUUUUUUUUUUAAUAUAAUUAUUGUGAGUGCGCGUGUAUGUAGGUGCGUGUGUGUAUUGAUAUAAAGAAAAGUGUUGGAAAAUUUUUCGUUCAGAAGGGGGAAAUAAAUACAUACGAAUAAAAAAAAAAAAAAAAAGCACAAGGGCCAACGAACUUGAAACACAUGCCACAAUUUGGCCCAAUUAUUAUUAUGAUAUUUUGAAAAAUGAAAUAAUAAUGAUAAAUUAUUGUAUUUUAUAAUUUUUAUAAAAUAAAUUUAACCAAUUGGUUAAUACUAUUUGAGACUGGGCUUUCGUUUCGGAGCAAAUGUCUAUUUAUAUGAGUCAAAGUGAAUCAACUCAUCCCCGGUUGUAAGUUUCUGUUGUAAAUAUAAUUAUGUGUACUAACUUGUUUUAAAUAAUAAAAUCCAUUUUAUAAAUAUAUAUUUAAAAUAAAUAAUCAAUUUUCAAUUGUUCAAGUUAAAUCAUUAUUGUAUUUUACAUUUUAUCUGAUUUAAUUUGUAUCAAGUGGGUUAUACAAAGAAUAAAAAACAAACAAUUGUAUUAAAAGUUUUUGACGUGACACGUGUGUGACAUACACGUACAGACAAUUUAUUGUUUAUUUAAAAAAAAAAAAAAUAGUAUUGUUAUAGUGUUUAUAAUGAAUAUAAAAUGCAGUUAGAAAAACAACUAUGAAGUUUCGAUUUGUUUUUUUUAUUGACACGUGAUAUACAGCCAUACCCUUGGCGUACAUUGAGACGACAAGGAUGCGACCUGGACACAAUCUAUUGGUGAUAACCUCGUCGUAGCAUGCCAACGUGGUGUGAUUACGAUAUAAGGCGCGUCGCACUGAUUCGGCGUCGUUUGCUACAGAAAGUUGGUGGAGUUGUUGAUACUGGAGGUGGUGGUUGCUGUAAUAAUAAUAAUAAAAUAAAAAGUAAUAUUAUUUGUACUAAUAGACAAACAAAAAAACGUAGAAAAAGAAGAAGAAAUUAUUGUUGUUAUUGUUGUAAAAAAUUAAUAUAAAAAAAUUAAUAUUAAAAAAGCAUCAAAUAUAUAUAACUAUUAAUAAAAAAAAUAAUAGUAUAAACGACAGAUGAGCACGGGUGAUGGCACAAAAUUGUCGGGUCCCGGCAUUGGAAACGGGGCCCGUGCUAGUUUUAAUAAUCCAACAGUUGGUGUUAAUAACAAUGUGGCACCACAAAAUAAUGACGGUCAAAGUGUUAUGGUUAAAACACCACAAGUACAAACGCAAACACAAGCACAAACAACAACAACAACAAAUGCAGCAGCUGCAGCAGCAGCAGCAGCAGCUAAAAGACCAGCAAGAAGAGCUAAACCACCACCAGAUAGACCAGUUAGAGCAUUAUUUUGUUUACCACUUAAAAAUCCAGUUAGAAAAUUAUGUAUUGAUGUUGUUGAAUGGAAACCAUUUGAAUGGCUUAUACUUAUGACAAUAUUUGCAAAUUGUGUUGCAUUGGCAGUAUAUACACCAUAUCCAUGUGGUGAUUCAAAUCAAACAAAUAUGAUAUUAGAAAAAAUUGAAUAUAUAUUUCUUGUUAUAUUUACUGUCGAAUGUGUUAUGAAAAUAAUAGCAUAUGGUUUUGUUGCACAUCAAGGUGCAUAUUUACGUAAUGGUUGGAAUAUGCUUGAUUUUACAAUUGUUGUUAUUGGUAUGAUUAGUACAAUAUUACAAUUAUUUAUGCAAGAAGGUUUUGAUGUUAAAGCAUUACGUGCAUUUAGAGUAUUACGUCCAUUACGUUUAGUAUCUGGUGUACCAAGUUUACAAGUUGUACUUAAUUCAAUUUUACGUGCCAUGGUGCCUCUAUUACAUAUUGCAUUAUUAGUAUUAUUUGUUAUAAUAAUAUAUGCAAUAAUUGGUCUUGAAUUAUUUUCUGGUAAAAUGCAUAAAACAUGUAGAAAUAAUAAAACUGGUGAAACAAUGGAAGAUCCACAUCCAUGUGGUGAUAGUGGUUUUCAAUGUAGUUCAAUUGGUCCAGAGUAUACAUGUAGUCGUCAAUAUUGGGAAGGACCAAAUUGGGGUAUAACUAAUUUUGAUAAUUUUGGAUUAGCAAUGUUAACGGUAUUUCAAUGUGUUACACUUGAAGGUUGGACAGAUGUAUUAUAUGAUAUUGAAGAUGCAAUGGGUAGUACAUGGCAAUGGAUAUAUUUUGUAUCAAUGGUUAUACUUGGUGCAUUUUUUGUUAUGAAUUUAAUUCUUGGUGUUUUAUCUGGUGAAUUUUCAAAAGAAAGAGAAAAAGCUAAAGCAAGAGGUGAUUUUCAUAAAUUACGUGAAAAACAACAAAUUGAAGAUGAUUUACGUGGUUAUUUAGAUUGGAUAACACAAGCUGAAGAUAUUGAACCAGAAGCUGAUAAUGGUAAACAACAAACACAAGAUGGUAAACAAAAACAACAAAAUGAAAUGGAAAGUACUGAUAGACUUGAAGGUGAUGAUGAUAAUAAUCAACAAGAAUCAGUAUGGAAAAGAAAACGUCGUGAUCUUGAUAGAAUUAAUAGAAGAAUGAGAAGAUCAUGUAGAAAAGCUGUUAAAUCACAAGGUUUUUAUUGGCUUAUUAUUGGUCUUGUAUUUUUAAAUACAAGUGUACUUGCUACUGAACAUUAUCGUCAACCAGAUUGGCUUGAUUUAUUUCAAGAAUAUACAAAUAUGUUUUUCAUUGCAUUAUUUACCAUGGAAAUGAUAUUAAAAAUGUAUAGUUUAGGAUUUCAAGGAUAUUUUGUAUCAUUAUUUAAUCGUUUUGAUUGUUUUGUUGUUGUUGGAUCAAUUACUGAAAUGGUUUUAACAAAUACUGAAUUAAUGCCACCAUUGGGUGUAUCUGUACUUCGUUGUGUUCGUUUACUACGAGUAUUUAAAGUAACAAAAUAUUGGCGAUCAUUAUCAAAUCUUGUGGCAUCACUUUUAAAUUCUAUACAAUCAAUUGCAUCUCUGCUUCUUCUUUUAUUUCUUUUUAUUGUUAUUUUUGCUCUUUUAGGAAUGCAGGUAUUUGGAGGAAAAUUUAAUUUUGAUGAUUUACAAGAUAAAACAAGAAGUAAUUUUGAUAGUUUUUGGCAAAGUUUAUUAACAGUAUUUCAAAUAUUAACUGGUGAAGAUUGGAAUGCAGUUAUGUAUGUUGGAAUACGUGCAUAUGGUGGUGUUGCAACUCAUGGAAUACUUGCUUGUAUUUAUUUUAUAAUAUUAUUUAUUUGUGGUAAUUAUAUAUUACUAAAUGUCUUUUUGGCUAUUGCUGUUGAUAAUUUGGCUGAUGCAGAAUCAUUAACUGCCAUUGAAAAAGAAGCUGAAGAACAAGAAGCUGAACAAAAUAGAUCACACAGUGGUACACCAGAAAAUGAUGAAGAGCUAAGUGGUGAAUGUGAUAGAGAUGAUAGAGAUGAAGGUGAUAUAACAAGUGGCGAAGAAGAAGAAGAAGAAGAAGAGGAAGAAGAAGAUCCAGGAACUGAUAUUGAACAGUACAGAAAUGAAAAUUUAAAUGAAGAAGGAUCUGGUAAAGAUGGAAUUAAAGAUGGUCAUAAAGUUAGAAUAAAUAUUGAACCAUAUGAGCAUGGUUAUGAUAAUUAUAAUGGUGAUGAUAAUGAUGAUGAAGAUUAUGAUGAUCCAUUAGAUGGUGAAGUAUCAGCAAGACCACGUAGAAUGUCAGAAUAUAAUACAGCAAAUGCUAAACAACCAAUACCAGAAGGAACAUCAUUGUUUCUAUUUUCACAAAAUAAUAGAUUUCGUGUAUUUUGUCAUUGGUUUUGUAAUCACAGUAAUUUUUCAAAUUUUAUUCUUGUAUGUAUCAUGGUAUCAUCUGGUAUGCUUGCUGCUGAGGAUCCACUUGAUGCACUAUCUGAAAGAAAUCAAGUUUUAAAUCGUUUCGAUUAUUUUUUUACUGCUGUAUUUACCAUUGAAAUAUCAUUGAAAGUUAUUGCAUAUGGUUUUGUACUUCAUAAUGGUGCAUUUUGUCGAUCAGCAUUUAGUUUAUUGGAUCUUGUUGUUGUUUGUGUUUCAUUAAUUUCCAUGGCUUGGAGGUCAAGUGCCAUAUCUUUCAUAAAAAUUCUUCGAGUUCUACGUGUGUUGAGGCCUCUACGUGCAAUCAAUCGAGCCAAGGGUCUCAAGUAUGUAGUGAAAUGUGUGAUUGUCGCCAUAAAAACAAUUGGCAAUAUUAUGUUGGUCACCUAUCUCCUACAGUUCAUGUUUGCUGUUAUCGGGGUACAGCUGUUUAAGGGAAAAUUUUUUGCGUGCAAUGAUGAAUCCAAGAUGACAGAAACAGAAUGCCAUGGUACAUAUUUGGUUUAUGAAGAAGGAAAUAUUAAUAGACCAGUUGUCAAAGAAAGAGUAUGGAAAAGAAAUAGAUUUCACUUUGAUGAUGUUGCCAAAGCUAUGCUCACUCUUUUUACUGUUUCGACUUUCGAAGGUUGGCCCAGCCUUUUGUAUACCUCAAUUGACUCAAACCAUGAAAAUUUCGGUCCAAUUUACAAUUUUCGUCCGAUAAUUGCAGCUUAUUACAUAAUUUAUAUAAUUAUUAUUGCAUUUUUCAUGGUAAAUAUAUUUGUGGGUUUCGUUAUUGUGACAUUUCAAAAUGAAGGUGAACAAGAAUACAAAAAUUGUGAGCUUGAUAAAAACCAGCGUAACUGCAUUGAAUUUGCACUGAAAGCAAAGCCUGUUCGACGGUACAUACCAAAACAUAGGAUUCAAUAUAAAGUUUGGUGGUUCGUCACUUCUCAACCAUUUGAGUAUACAAUAUUCACUCUCAUCAUCAUAAACACAAUAACACUGGCCAUGAAAUUUUAUAAUCAACCUGAUCCAUACACUCAUGCUCUUGAUGUACUUAAUAUGAUCUUCACUGCAGUAUUUGCACUUGAAUUUGUCUUCAAACUUGCUGCUUUUCGUUUUAAAAAUUAUUUUGGAGAUGCCUGGAAUGUCUUUGACUUUAUAAUAGUUUUGGGAAGUUUCAUCGAUAUUGUAUACUCAGAAGUUAACGCACGACUGCAUGUCAAGGCGGGAGGUUCACUUCCCAACGUUAAAAGUCCUGGUUCAAAUAUAAUAUCAAUAAAUUUUUUUCGACUAUUUCGUGUAAUGCGUCUUGUUAAAUUACUGAGUCGUGGUGAAGGAAUUAGAACAUUAUUAUGGACUUUUAUUAAGUCAUUUCAAGCAUUGCCAUAUGUUGCAUUACUUAUUGUCAUGCUGUUUUUUAUAUAUGCAGUUAUUGGAAUGCAAGUUUUUGGAAAAAUUGCACUUGAUAAUGAAACGGAUAUCAAUAGAAAUAAUAAUUUUCAAACGUUUCCUCAAGCUGUAUUGAUAUUAUUUAGAUCAGCAACAGGUGAAUCAUGGCAAAAUAUUAUGUUGGAUUGUUCAUAUCGUCCAAAUGAAGUCAAGUGUGAUCCAAAAUCAGAUGAACGAACAGCACCAAGUUGUGGAAAUGACAUUGCAUUUCCAUAUUUUAUAUCUUUCUAUGUUCUCUGUUCAUUUUUGAUUAUAAAUUUAUUUGUUGCUGUUAUAAUGGAUAAUUUUGAUUAUCUUACACGUGAUUGGUCAAUACUUGGACCUCAUCAUCUUGAUGAAUUUAUAAGAUUAUGGUCAGAAUAUGAUCCUGAUGCUAAAGGACGCAUUAAACAUUUAGAUGUUGUAACAUUAUUACGUAAAAUAUCACCACCACUUGGUUUUGGUAAACUUUGUCCACAUCGUGUUGCUUGUAAAAGACUUGUAUCAAUGAAUAUGCCAUUAAAUAGUGAUGGAACUGUAUUAUUUAAUGCAACAUUAUUUGCUGUUGUUAGAACAUCAUUGAGAAUUAAAACAGAAGGAAAUAUUGAUGAUGCUAAUUCACAAUUACGUGCUAUUAUUAAAAAAAUAUGGAAACGUACUAAUUCAAAAUUACUUGAUCAAGUUGUACCACCACCUGGUGUUGAUGAUGAAGUUACAGUUGGUAAAUUUUAUGCAACUUUUCUUAUACAAGAUUAUUUUAGACGUUUUAAAAAACGUAAAGAAUUGGAAUUAAAAGAAGGUGACAAAGAUUGUCACAAUACAGUUACAUUACAAGCUGGAUUGAGAACAUUGCAUGAAGCUGGUCCAGAAUUAAAACGUGCAAUAUCUGGAAAUCUUGAAGAAUUACUUGAUGAUAAUCCUGAGCCAAUGCAUCGACGUAAUCAUUCAUUAUUUGGAAGUGUUUGGUCAAGCAUGAGAAGAGGUCAUCAUCGAGCAAAGUCAUUAAAAGCACUUACUCAAAAUAAUGCUCCAAAAAUAUCACCAACAAAUUCAAUUGAUUUCCUGCCAUAUGCAUCUGUUCAAAAAUCAGCUGGAGUUGAUGGUAAUCAAGUUACUGCUAGAUCUCAUCAAGUUGUACCAAAUGUAACAGGAGUUUCAGGCAGUGCACUAGACCGAACACCCAUUGAAGAAAAUAUACCAAUGAGACCACUUGCAAUGUUUGUCAAUAACUCAACCAUGCAGCCAUCAAAUUUCCAAAAUCCUUACAAAGUUUUAGAUUUGGAGGAUGGGAUCGAGCGACAGUUGACACCACCAACACCACCACCAAGACGUAAUCUACCAUCUGGUGGUACAUCUGUUAAUAUUACACCAGCAACACCAGCACAUGGUGAUUCAAGCAGUGCAACAACAAGUGCAACAACACAAUCACCAACUCCAAGUCCAUCACCAUCUCUUGCUUCAUCAUCAAUUGGUGGAGCUAGAUAUUAUGCAUAUGCAUCACGUGGAUGCUGUAUCGACUUUGUUGGCUGGCGACAACCAAAUGUCGAUGAUAAUUGUGAAGAAACAGAUGUAGAAAAAAAAAGUAAUCCAUCAUCAGAUGAAGGUGAUUGUUCAACAAGUAUUAUAAAUAAAAAAUUGCAUAAAAGCUUUAAAAAAUCAAGUAAACGUUCAAGUAAACGUUCAAAUAUAUCAGAUAAUAUAGAAGAAGAAGGAACAUCACGUUGUUUAUCAUUAAAAGUUAGAAAAAUUGAAGAUGCUAAUUUUGAUGAUGAUGAUAAAACAAUGAAAAAAUGUUUAACAAGAGAACCAAGUAUUGCUAAUGGAUUAAAACUAGCACAAACACAAGCAAUUGCUGUUGCUGGAUUUCUUACUGAUUUUGAUUCAAAACAAUGUCGUGUUUGUGAAUCUUGUUUAUCACAUCGGGCCUCAUUCCACGGCAGAGUUACAUGGACCGGUGAUAGUAAUGGAAUUUAUGGCUCGGAAAGAUUAACUCACAGUUUACCAGGUAGUCCUGCUGAUAGAAAGCCAACUUUUGAAGUUAUUGGAAGUGCCGAGAGUCUAGUUGGUCGAGUUUUAGUUGAACAAGGACUUGGAAAAUAUUGUGAUCCUGAUUUUGUUAGAAACACAUCACGUGAAAUGCAAGAAGCACUUGAUAUGACACGUGAAGAAAUGGAUAGAGCUGCACAUUUAUUACUACAAGAACGUCAACCAUUGACAUUUCAAUUGCAACAAAAUAUUGAUCAACAAUGGAAUCAAGGACCAAGAGAAGUUAUUUAUGAACAAUUACGUGAACAACUACCAUCGUUAGAUAAUUCACAAGGUGUUCAACAACCACGAAAAGUAUUCCGUGAUCAACAACCAUUAUCUUAGCAAAUAAAUAAAAUAAUUAAAAUUCAUAUUAAAUUUGCAACGAAAUGCCAUUUUUUUUUUUUUCAUAUUAUCGUUGUUGUUACAAAGAAAAAUAUUAAUUAUAAAAAUUGUCAUUAUCAUGUUAUAUUUAAAUAUUAAUUUUAAUAUAUUAUAAAUAUUCAAAUUUAUUAAAUAUAAUAUUCAUAAUUUUCAUUAAUUAUUUACUCGAAAAAAUGUGCUAUCAAUACGCACAGAGGAUUCAUGUUUUUUCUAGUAUAUUAUAAUAAUAAUCUUUCUUCUAAAAUUGUAAACUUUCAUGUUAAAAAAUAUCUAUGUAAAAAAAUGAAAAAACCAAAAAAAAAAAAAAAAGAAUUAUUAUUGUCCAAAGUUGAAAAAAAAAGAGAAAAAAAAAAAAAAAAAAAUUACCAAUAGAGAGUGGUAACAAAGUGCCUAAGUAUCUAAUAAAUAUAAUUAUUUCGGACCAGUGAAUAUUCUACUAUCAAUUUAAAAACAAAAAAUUAAUUUACCAUGAUUUUUCUUAAAUUUUAAAUUUGAUUUUAAAACAAUAUACAUUUAUAAAAAAAAAAAACAGGAAUUAUAUAUAAUAAAAUUGUUAAAUAAUGAAAGUUUAAAUUUUGUUUUAAAUGAUAAAAAAAAUUCAUCAUAAUAAAAACUGGUUUUUUUAAAUAAAAAAUUCUUAAUUGUAUUUGUCUAAAUAUUUUUUUUAUACUUGUAAAAACAAAAAGAAAUAAUUAACUGUCGAAAAAAAUAAAAUAGUAACAUAUAAAAAUAAUUAUUUGAAGAUUUAAAUGUACAAGUCUCAUAUACUAUUACAGAAUAUACUGUGAUUGAAAAAUAAAAAUAUAUAUUAAUAAUAAUUGAGGUCCGUGGAGGUUAAUAUUUAAAUGAAUUUUUUGGUACUAUAUUUGUCAAUAUUGUUAAGUUUAUUAUUAUUUUUGUUUUUUAAAAUCAAGUUAUUAUUGCACUUGACGUAAUAAAACAUUCAACAAUAAUUCCUCACAAAUAUCCAUCGAGUUACUGCACCAAAAAAAAUAAUAAUAAACAAUAACAAAAAGAAAAAAAAAAAAAAAA